AUGUACAGAAGAUUGGGGAGCCAUCCGUCGUCUGUGGACUCUGCAUCUGGAAUUUCUGGACUCUUAAAAUCUAGUGUCAGUGUUAUACUUCUUAACAUCAAGCAAUUGAAACUAAUACUGCUGACUGCAUUGAUUGCAUUCGGUAUCUUUUCAUUUACUCUUCCAGGCUCAUCUAUAUCUGCAAAAUUAGAUGCACUAAACCACCAUCCAUUAUACUAUGCGGCGACGUCUAAUAAUUCAACAGAUCCAAUGUAUAUCAGGGAAUCCCCGCCAAAAAUGAACAAGAAAUCAUUCAAGUCCAUCCACAAUAGGCUAAAGUUUUUCUUCCCAUAUGACGGAGAACAAGAAGUUGAGAAUAAUAUCUGGCAGUUAUGGAAGUAUAGAGCAGACAAUCCUAAUUUCCCAGAGGAGUGUUUCAAACAUAUGGAAAGAUGGAGACUUGUAAAUUCUGAGUAUAAUCAUAAUGUGAUAACGAUUGAUGAGGCAGAACAACAAGUUUUUAAUAUCUUUUCAUACGAAAUGACAGAAGUGAUCGAAGCCUACAACAUUUUGCCAGAUAUCAGACUGAAGUUCGAGUUCCUCAAGUAUCUUUUGAUCUACACGAGUGGUGGUGUUUAUGCUGAUAUCGAUACGCUAGAUGCAACGCCCGUAAAAUUUUGGCACCAUUCUUCCUUGAAACCAAAUAGGGUUAUGGUCGGUGUUGAUGUGGACUAUAACGAUGUUAAUUGGGAUAUUCUAUACAACAGAAGAUUGUCGUUUAGUACAAAGAUUUUUCAAGCCAAAUCUCACCAUCCAUUUUUCACAAAGUUGAUUGCCAGAAUCGUUUAUACUAUUUUAAACCACAAGGAAGAUAUUUUGAGCAUUGACUGGAAUGAAGCAUUCAAGAAUGUCGAUUCUAACAACGAACCUUUGACCCAGCUACUAUCCGAGUCUAUAUUUACCGAUACAUUGUUCGAGUAUUUGAAUGGAUUGGAUAACCCGAUUGUUCAUAGAGUUGCAAGAACAGAAAAAGAUUUGAUACCAACUGAAAUCUUUGGCCCAGAGACAGAUCAAGUUUUCAGUUACAAGUUGUUUACCUUAUCCAAGGGACCAACUCAAAUCGAUGAUAUAUUAGUCAUGCCUCAAAUAACCUUUCGGGGCCCUAGUUCUGGUCAGCAUAAAGGACAGAUAAAUAAGAACUCAUAUGAGAACGAAUACAACGACGAGAAGCCUGAAGAUUAUUAUUAUGCCAGACCGCUACACUUUUUAUCGUGGGAUUCUUUAUUGAGUCACGAACAAUGA